AACCAUGAGACGAAGAAGAAUACGUCACAAGGUUGCGCCAUGAGCUUGUACUGUUAGCUUGUACACUACGUCCAGCGUGCAGUUGUUAAACGUACUCAAAACUUUUGCUAAAUAGUGUACAGUUGUACAAAAUAUAUAAUGCCAAAUAAUGUCUAAACUUUCUGUAUUUAAGUUCAAGGGCAGCUAUGAUCUUUUGCCUCAAGGAUUUUGGUCAGCCAUUGAUGUUUGGAUACAUAAACCUCAUGUUCUGAAUAAACGAUUGUGUGGAGUUAAAGUUGAGGAGAGCAGGGAAGUCGAUUACCUGGAAGUUGAAAGCAUUUUGUCUACCAUUUGGGAUAACGCCACCGAAGACGCAAAUAAUGUACUCUCUUAUUUAAACGUCAGUACUGAGUCGAACACUCAGAUCCACGCUAAUCGGAAAGGGCAGUGGUGUUUUGGAGUAAGGACGAUUGUUCCUAAAGUCAACACUUAUGGCGCUCAGUUGCAUAAAGAAAUUAUCCUGAAAGACGCUUCGAGACAGUGUGUAGUAUUUUUACCAUUUGAGGAAAACGAAGAGGGACACACAAUCCCAAAGCAAAGCAACAUUUACCGAAUUCAGCUGCAGGCAGAGGACAGCGAAGAAUGGUCUGUGUCGGUGUCUGCCUUGCAGCCGGACGACUGGUUCUCAGACGGGGUGGUGUAUCCCAAAUUCCCGUGGCUGACGGGGGUGCUCCUGCCCAAACUGGCCCAGUGGUCUAUUGAGACCAGACAGAGUGAGUUCAAGAGCACCCUGUCGCUGAUUCCCGUGGAGAAGUACAGCUGCAUGUACCAGAGGCUGAAGGAAAAGUACAAGGAGAUGGUGAAGGUUUGGCCUGAAGUGACUGAUCCAGAGAAAUUUGUUUAUGAGGACGUGGCCAUUGCAACCUAUCUCCUGGUCCUAUGGGAGGAGGAGAGGGCAGAGAAGGGACUGACUGCUAAGCAGUCCUUUGUGGAUCUGGGCUGUGGAAACGGUCUCCUGGUUCACAUACUGAGCAAUGAAGGGCACCCUGGGAAGGGCAUUGAUGUUCGGAAAAGAAAAAUCUGGGACAUGUACGGUGUCCAAACACGCUUGGAGGAAAGAGCGAUCACACCCAGUGACAGCUUCCUGUUCCCCGACACAGACUGGCUGAUUGGAAACCACUCUGACGAGCUGACGCCAUGGAUACCUGUUAUAGCCUCCAGGUCGUCCUACGCCUGCCGCUUCUUCGUUCUUCCCUGCUGCUUCUAUGACUUCUGUGGGAAGUACCAGCGCCGGCAGUGCAGGAAGUCCCAGUACAAGGAGUACAUCGACUUCAUCUCCGAGGUCAGCACCGCGUGUGGCUUCAGCGUGGAGGAGGACUGCCUCCGGAUUCCGUCCACCAAGCGGGUGUGUCUGAUUGGGAAGACCAGGAACUACGAGCCGUCCGGUGAGGCCCAGGAGGACGAGCGGAGGACCCAGUACAUCCAGGCCCGCCUGUCCCGGUCCGCGGCCCCCCUGGGGGAGCCUCGAGGGGAGGGGGCCCCGGCCGAAACCGGGGGAGGCUGGGGGGAGGGCUUCCAGCCCCGGGAGAAAAUCCAGAUCACCAGGAACUGCGCCAGCCUCCCCCGAAACUUCAUCGACGGCGUCGUCCUGCGCGUGGGACGCACACUGCUGGGGCUGAACCCUGAGGACGCGCACGACAAAGACGCAUGGAACCCAGGAGGCAGUCUGUCCGUCCGGGAGGUGGCUGAGAUGUUGGACAAGGAGACGCUUCAGACCCUGAAAAAAGAAUGUGGAGGACUGCAGACUCUCCUGAAGAACAACCACCAGGUGUUCAGAGUGGAGAAGGGCAGAGUGCAGAUCCGGGACUGGAGGGCGGCGGGGGCCGAGGGGGGGUCCUGUGCCCCCCCCAAGCGGAGGCCGGUGGAGAGCAUGGAGAAGACGCGCCCCUGCUGGUUCCACACACACCACCCCCAGGGCUGCCCCCUGCCCUCGGAGCGCUGCCUCUUCGCCCACGGCCCCCACGACCUCCGACCCGCCCCCCCGCCCCGCAAGAGGCACAAGAGCCAGAUUCCCCCCGCAGCCCCCGAGGAUCAUGGGAAGGCCUGAAUGUUUUUAUUGGAUCGGCUGGGUGUGGCUCGGUCUGUUACCGUGGCAGCGUGGAGAUGCCUUGGCCGUACGCAUUGCAGCCGGCAGCAAGCGAGGCGCCGCUGGCUCGAGCCUCGCCCAGGGAAGGGAGCUUUACAUUCGGCAAGGAUGGCCGCAGCACGUCGCACACCUCCGCCCCCUGCUGGCUGGUCAGGGGAUUGCAGUUUGCUGUGUUGAGCUGCAGAUGCAACGAGUCUCCAAUGAACAGCAGUGAG